AUGGACGACAAGAUCCUCGACGCCUCGGCCAAAUACCCCAUAGUUUCCGGCCACGCCUACAAGUAUGGCACCGCCGGCUUUCGAAUGAAGGCUGAUUUGUUGCCGCCCGUCUCGUUUCGUGUUGGACUGCUCGCUGGCCUGCGCAGCCGCAAGCUCAAUGGUCAAGCCAUCGGCGUCAUGAUCACGGCCAGUCACAACCCAGCUGCCGACAACGGCGUCAAGAUUGUCGACCCCAUGGGCGAAAUGCUCGAGCAGGACUGGGAGGCCUACGCUACCCACCUGGUCAACUGUCCUACCCACCGAGACCUUCUUAACGCCUUCAAGGCCCUCGCUGCCCAGCUCAAGAUCGACCUGAGCAGCCCCGGCCGCGUCGUCUACGGCCGGGACACUCGACCUUCCGGCCACGGCCUGGUCUCUGCCUUGGCCGCCGCCCUGGAAGCUACAGCCACCGAAUACACCGACUACAAGAUCCUGACCACUCCCCAGCUGCACUACUUGACCCGCUGUGUCAACACCGAAGGCACCCCCAAAGCCUAUGGCGAGCCCAGCGAGGGCGGCUACUACAAAAAGUUCUCCGACGCCUUUGUCCGUGCCCUGCGCGGUAGAAAGAUCAACGGCCAGCUGACUGUAGACUGUGCCAACGGCGUCGGUGGACCCAAGUUCUCCGAGAUGCUCAAGUUCAUCCCCAAGGACAAGACCGGCUUCAACGUCAAGGUGGUCAAUGACGAUGUUCUACGGCCCGAGCUUCUCAACCUUGACUGCGGCGCCGACUAUGUCAAGACAAAACAGAGAGCUCCCCAAACCCCGAAGCCCGUCCCCGGAGCCCGUUGCUGCUCCUUGGAUGGCGACGCUGACCGCCUGAUUUACCACUGGAUCGACCCAGAUACCGGCUUCGUCAUGCUGGAUGGCGACCGCAUCUCCUCUCUCUGCGCCUCCUUCAUUGGCGACCUCAUCCGCUCCGCCGGCCUCGAGGGCGAGCUGCGUAUCGGGGUCGUGCAGACGGCCUAUGCCAACGGCGCCAGCACCAACUACAUUGAGAAGCACCUGCAGCUUCCCGUCGUCUUCACACCCACCGGCGUCAAGCAUCUGCACCACGCGGCAUGCCAAUUCGACGUUGGCGUCUACUUCGAGGCCAACGGCCACGGCACCGUCGUCUUCUCCCAGGAGGCCAUGCGCACCUUUAAGGAAAAGGAGCCUCAGUCUCCCGCCCAAAAGGACGCCCUCGACACACUCGCCGCUGUCGGAGACUUGAUCAACCAGACUGUUGGAGACGCCAUUUCUGACAUGCUCAUGGUCGAAGUCGUCCUGGCUCACAAGGGCUGGACCCUCAAGGACUGGGCCAUGACCUACACCGACCUGCCCAACCGCCUGGUUCGUGUCGAGGUUGGCAACAAGGAUCUCUUCCAUGCGACGGAUGCCGAGCGGCGUCUUAGCCACCCACCUGGUGCCCAAGAUGAGAUUGACAAUGUUGUUCUAAAGUACGCAUCCGCACGCUCGUUUGCUCGUGCCAGCGGCACCGAAAAUGCAUGCCGAGUGUAUGCGGAGGCGGCGACCCGCUCCGAGGCAGAAGAACUUGCAAACAAGGUCGCUCAGAUUGUAAAGCAAUUCGGAUCGUAG